GCCAAAUCAAGCGCAUGAAGUUGGAGGCCAAGGAGGUCCUCUACCGGCCCAUCCAAGAAGGGUUCGGCUUUAAGAUGCUCCAAAAGUUCGGGUGGAAGGAGGGCGAAGGGCUUGGCAAGCAUGAGAAGGGCCUGGCAACUCCGCUCUGGGCUGAUCCUAGAGAGGGGCGCAGUGGGCUGUACUCCGCGCAAAUGGGUGAAAGUCGGCCCCCUCGACCACCCGACGAAGAGGAGGACUGGAUGAAUCCGAAACCCUUGGCCGCAAAUCCUCUGCGCUUUGUCAGCGAGGGCACUCCGGUCGAGAAGCCUCCGGCAGUGUCCAGUCCAAAGAUCCCUGGGUUCGUGCCAGCGCGCAACUCCGGCAACGGCAUGCCAGGCUGGGUUGCACCCAGACAGCCUCCGACGAGAGCGCGCCCACGGCCAAGCAUUUCUGCCGCGUGGUUGCGCCUGCAUUGCUGGGCCUGCUCUCGGAUCAGCAGUGGCAGACAAGGUCCGGAAACAGUGGCGCAGCUGUGCUCGGCGAGCUUUUGGCCGAGGCGCUUCAGGGCGAAGCCGGAGACCGUUUUCUCCGGCUGGUGGACGAGCGACUGGGCCCAGAGGCACCAACAAAUCGGUGAUCGCCAUCACCGAUGCCUGAGCCAGGAAGCCCUCAACAACUUGGUGUGCCAUCGAAAGGGUGAUACAAUACAAGUCCGACUGUGGAUGUCGUUCAACCAAACUCCGGAGGAGGAACAUAUGAAUGACCCGUGGGUCAUACCUGCAGCAAGUGCCAACACCCUCCCGCCUAAUCCCCUCCCACAAAGCCUCGACAACAUGAGCAUCCAAAGUAACGAUGUGCCAACCGGGCCCGUACCAGCUGGGCCGGUUCCAAGUGGGCCUGUGCCAUCGCCAUCACUUGAUGCUCUUAUUGCGGCGUUGAAGUGGCAGACGCCCAAUUGGGCAGAGAAGCUUUGGACCGAACAUUGGAAGCCAAGCAGAUAUGGUGGUGCAAAAGCCUGGGCCGAAGUAGAUGCAGUCAUCGAUAAGGCCGGUCACCGAAGAUGUGGGACCGCGAGGGAUAGCUGGUCUUGCAAUGGGAUCGGUUAUGCCCGUGAGCUCAACAAGACGAGAUUGUGGAAUUCGAGCUUUGACCUUUUUCGGCUACCUCCCGGAACGCAAAUUAUAGGGUUUGGCAACUCCAUGUUGGCAGAGUUGGUGCAUACGGUCAUCUGCAACCACCAGUGGGACCUUGUCAUGCCUUCUCCGGACAUUCGGACGAACUCAGUCAUCGCGCACUCCAACACCAGCAACAUCACAUUGGCUCUUAUAUCGAACGACCAAGACAUCGACGGCUCAAUGAAGCCGUGGCACCCAGCCGAUCUGGUCAAAAGGGCGGACUGGCGGGCGCAUGUAUUCGUGGUUGGAAGUUUAAACAACAAACAAGAAAAGAAUGCAACCUGGAAAGACGAGCGGAGAAAUCUCCUGGGAGCCACCAGUCCCGAUGCCACGAUCAUCGACCUCCCCGGGAAGCAUACGGGCGAUUGCUGUUCUACCCUUGGCUGUGGUCAUUCGAAAGGUUGCGAAAACAAGUUCAUACCAGGACACACCUGUCUUCCUGGGCCAGUGUUGCGAUACGCAGAACAAUUGGUUCAUGUCAUGCAUCAAGCAGUGCUCAAGAAAGAUCUAACGCAGAGCUGCCUGGGUGUUGGCCUAGAGCGCCCUUCGUACGAAUGUGUUUGA